AUGGCGUCAACCAACAGCAGUACUACAACUUUCUACAACAGUCUUCCACCAUCGCAACGCACACUAUUCAAGCAGUACGCACAAACAGUCAAGAAGAUGUGCGCCCAAAAAUCGAGGAAAGAAUUCCUGCGGCAAUGUCGCCGGCAAGGUGUACGACCAGCGCACAUACAGAACACCUUUCGAUGCACUCACUCGCUGCUAGAGGAUGCCAGUCCGUACCGAGGCAAGCUGGAAAAAGCUAUGGAGCUCUUCACGCGCACAAUUCUCAACACCGAGAUAAAAGACAGCUUCUACAAAAUGCAGCGGCUGGAAAGAGACAAAGCUAGCCUCACUAGCCAAAUCACACAGGUUAGAAUAGAGAGGAAGAUUCAACGGCUGAUUGCAAGGGUUGAAGUUGAAAACACCGUCUCCUUCACCGAAAACGAUGCUUGGAUACGGAACACCACUAACGUGGAGGUUCCCAACCACACAAAAAUUCUAUUAGGAUAUGGUCCCAAAUUCGCCUUGCCGUUUGAGAAUAAUCAAGAAAUACCUUAUUUCAAGAUUAUUGCGGAUUUGGAAUCUAUCCUCAAACUUGAGCCGGAUCCGAUUCUUCAAGCGGCCAACCGCAACCAGUUCACCAACAUCCUUCAAAAUUACGUGAACAAGAGGAAGAAUGGUUGUUUCAACACCACCUCCAACCGCGUUGAACACUUCAUGACCGAAGCGCUUAGCACUAGUAGAAAGUUUAUCCGUGAUCAUCCUGAUGUAUACAUCGUACCCGCUGACAAGGGCAAUAAAACUGUGAUCAUGCUAAAAAACGAAUAUGAAGAGAAGAUGGAUGCACUUGUCAGCGAUGCGAACACAUACGAAAGGAUCGAUACGGAUUGGACUAAUAAAAUACAAACACACAACAACAAGCUAGUGAAUAAGCUCUUCGACCAGAAGAUGAUCGAUCAACAAACCAGGUCGAAGUUGGUUUCCUACCACGCGACCUGUCCAAAAAUAUACGGGCUCCCUAAAAUACACAAACCGGACAGUCCACUCAGAGUCAUAUUAUCGUGCAUUAAUUGCCCGACAUAUGAUCUGUCCAAGUACCUUGCAGACAUACUACAUCGCUCGAUCGACCACAACAAAUACAAUGUGCAAAAUUCAUACGAAUUUUGCACAUUCAUAAACAAUAUCAACCUGCCUCCAGGCUAUGUAUUGGUCUCGUUCGAUGUGGUAAGCCUGUUUACGUGUAUUCCACGGGACGUUGCGAUAGAAGCGGUGCGAAAGAACUGGAGUAUGAUCGAGAAAAACACCACAAUAAAGAAUGUCGAAAUGUUCAUAGAACUAAUUAAAUUCAAUCUCUCCUCCAGUUAUUUCGUACACCGUGGCAACUUCUACUGUCAAAAGUCGGGAACGGCAAUGGGUAACCCAUUGUCUCCGGCUCUUGCAGAUCUAGUGAUGGAAACAUUGCUAGAUCACGUGCUUGAAGGGAUUGAUAUUCCUAUUCCAUUUUUGAAAAAGUACGUCGACGAUUUGAUCACCGCUCUCCCAAUCGACAUGAUUGAACAUGUGAGAAAUGCGCUCAACGAGUUCAACUCACACAUUCAAUUCACGUGUGAAGUGGAAAAUAAUAAUCAGCUGCCGUACCUUGACAUGCUGCUUAUACGCACAGCGCAGCAAAAAAUCGUCACCGACUGGUACAAAAAACCUGUAGCAUCGGGGCGCAUUUUGAAUUAUUUUUCAUUUCACCCUCUCACACAAAAACUGAACACGGCCACUGGCUUUAUUGGGAGAGUGUUCAAGUUGUCGACGUGCAGAUCAGAAAAUGAGAAGAAAGAGUUGGUCCGGGAUUAUCUGCUAAACAACAACUACUCAAGUUCAUUGAUAAAUCGGUUGAUAAACCGAUAUAUCAACAAGAACACAAACACACAUGAGAGCAACAGCAGUACACAUCCCGAACCAAAAGUGUAUCGAUCUCUUCACCACGUAGAGAAGCUCACGCCGGCUCUCGCAAAAGUCAUCAAUAGAAACUUCCCCAACGUUCAACUGGGCUUCAAAUGCGUCAAAACAAACAGACUGUUGUUUUCGAAGCUCAAAGAUGCAACGCCGCAGUUGGAGAAGAGAAAUGUGAUUUACCGCAUUCCCUGCGCCGAUUGCGACUGCGCAUACAUAGGGCUGACUACGCAACAGUUGAAAAACCGUCUCUCUGGGCAUCGGUCUCUCAUUAACCGAUACACAGAUUUGAAAUCUCCCGACCCGAACAGAGCGACGGAGAGGGAGGAAGAAUUCAAAAAGACGGCGUUGAUGGUCCAUAACAGGACAAUCGUUUGA